CUCAACUCCACCUCUGCUGCUGCCUCUGGCUGUGGACCUGCACCUCUUCCCCAUCCCUGAAGGCCUGGGGAGCGGGCUGAGCCUGGAUGAGAGCUCCCCCAAGCUGGGGCUCUCCCAGGCCAUGGCCCGGGUGCUUCCAGGGAGGAGCCCGGGACCCUGAGCAUCUGCUAGAGGCUUGGCAGAGGCCCCACAGGGACCGUGUCUUCUGAGGACAAAAGGCGCGGCCAGCAGGCAGACAGGAAGGGGGAAGGGGGAGACCGGCAGCCUGGCGGGCUGACGGGCAGACGGGUAGCAGGGGCCAGUGUUGGCCCCCCUCCCAGCUUGGCGGAGGCAUGAAGAUGGGGGAGGGAGUGUGUAGUUGGGGAAGCACCUGCCCGGACCCCCACCUGCCAGCUAGCCGGGCACCUCAAGGCUGUGUGCUGCCCACCUGGUGUUCCCCAUCACCCCCAGCCCUGCCCAGUGCACUCCUCCAGUGCCUGCUUCCCCUGAUGUCUUCAAUUUAGACCAGCCCGGCUGUAUCCACGGCAACAGAAGCAGGAGUGUCACUGGCUGCCAGAUCACUGAGGGUCCCACAGUAUGGCCUGGGCUGUGAUUUAUCCCGAGUGAGACAGCUUCAGCCCCCUUCCUGGAUUUCAAGACAGCCCUGCUGAGAGAGCCUAGGAAGCAGUCCAGACAUUUACAACCUUCCUUCUCAUGUGGUCCCCUUGAGCCCCAUCUUGCUCCAGCCCGGGGCAGCUCUGCUAAUGUUUCCACCUGUAUGUUCCAGAGUUGGCUGCUCUGUGCACUUGCACAGGUUUGUCUCUUGAUAUGUACCUGUUGCAGGAUGUAUAUGUCAAUUUCUGUCUUUAUCACUUCCCCCUGCCACUCCUCAAGGCUAAGGAGUGUGUGUGUGUAUGUGUGUGUGCAUAUUUACACACACCCAGCUAUCAGCUAGUCCACAGAUCUGUGGGAGCUGUGAGGCCUUGAGGGGCUGAAGGGGCCCACCAACUCCGCUUAUCUCAAGCCCCUGCCCUAGCACCUUCUCUUGGUCCACUGGCACUGGCUCUGAGACUUUGGGGGUACCAUGAGAAAAGUUUGGCCCCAGGUGGCUGUGGCAGGCUCAGUUGGAUUGAGCUGAGAAACAGUGCAGAGGGGAGCCAUUUUCCAGGGAGGGAGGGGGUAGAAAGACAUCCACUCAAGCCCCACAACCUCAAUCCCAUCCCAGCCCCAGCAGGAGCUCUGGGCUUCUCUGGCUUCUGCUUUACUGCCUCUCCUGGGAAACCUGCCCUGCUAUCCUAUCACACCCUAUAUCCCCCACCCAGCCCUCAUACACUAGGAGCUCUCCUACUUACCCCCAAGCUUUCCUGCGUCCUCCCAUUCACACGCUGCCCAGGCUGCUUUCUCAGCAAACCCGACCUGGAUGCCUCCAGGUGGCCCUCCCUGAGCCACUAGCCCCCAAGUCCCUCAACCAAUUGAUUUGACAGCUUUUGACUGAGAGCCUACGGUGGGCUCUGCACUGCUCUUUUAGAGUGUGUGAGUCAAUAAUCCCUACCCUCGUGGAGCUUUCCUACUAAUAGAGAGGGGCAAGCAAUAAAUCAAAAUUUAAAAGUGAAUAUUUUAUACUAACCAUAAAUGAAGUAUAAUCUUUAAAACUGUGAAUCACUGUCUGUAACUUAUAUAAUACUUACAUCAAAUAUAUGACAAUAUAAAUAAAUAAAUUAAAACAACUAUAAAAAAAAGGUAAAUUAUGUAGUGCAUCAGAAGCGAGAAAUACCAGGAAGAGAAAUAAAGCAGGGCAGGGGGGCACAGGGGUGCUGUUUUCUCACCCAGAUUACUACAGGAGCCUCCUAAGUAGUAUCCCUACUUCUACCUUCGCCUCACAUGAUCUAUGCUUCUCACAACAGCAAGCAGGAUCCCAUUCAAUCCUGAGUCAUAUCACAUCUUAUCUCUGUGCAAAACUCUCCCAUGGCACCCAUCUCACUCAGAGUAAAAGUCAAGAGUCCUCAAUGUGACCUAUGUGAUAUGGCCUCACCACCUUGCUGAGCUCUCCUCCUACCACUUUCCCCUUGCUCAUUCCAUCCCACCUACCUCCUUACUCUUCCUCAAAUGUACCACGUGCAGUCUCACCUCAGACCCUUUGUUCUGGCUAUUUCCUCUGCCUAGACUUCUCUUCUCCCAGAUAUCCACAUGGCUCGCUCACCUCCUUCAUAUUUUUGCUCAGAUGUCACCUCUUCCAUGAAGCUUCCCCUGUCCACCUCAUUUAAAACUGUACUUCCAAAAAUAAACAAAACUGUACUUCCUCCACCCCUGGCACUUCCUAUCCCCCUUCCCUCCUUAAAUUUAGGAACUUAUCAUCAUCUGACCUACUAUAUUUCACCUAUGUAUCUUCUUUAUUAUCUACAAUGUCAACUUCACAAGAGCAGAGACCUUUGUCUGUUUAUUUCACAUCUGUGUCACCAGUGCCUGGCACACAGUAGAUGCUCAAUAAAUAGUUUUUCAAGAAAUGAGUACAUACAAGCAUACCUAUAUCUUUAUGUUCACACAUACUUUCCACUUCAUUUAAAGUAAAACCCAAGUCUUUGUCAUGGCCCACAGCCCUGCACAAUCUGGCCCCAGACCCCUCUGUGAAUUAACUUUCCACUGUCUCUCUUGCCUGCCCUGUUCCAACCACACUGAUCUUCCUACUGUUCCAUGAGUGUGCUAAACACGUUCUUGAUUAUGAAUAAAGAAACCUACUUAAUGAGUGGCUACUAGUGUUAACCAAAAAGAAAAAAAUAAAACCACUGUGAAAUAGAAUAAAAGCUAAUGAGGUACAUUACAUAUAGGAUCUGUACUGUUUUGUGAAACUUUGGGUUCAGCUCUAUGUGCACAUGUGUGUAUGUGUAUCAGGUUGUGAUGUAAAAUGUAUUUCUUAUUAUGGGUGGCAGUUUUAAAAGUUUGAAGAACACAACCUUUGGGCUUUACAAAGGGAGAGAAGAGCCACACCCACAUCCCCAUCCCACAGACCCACCAAUGGAGGAAAGAGGUAACCGAGGACAUCCAGAGAGAUGAAGCACCCCUCACUCAGCAAGGAGGGAGGAGGAGCAGCAGUGGGCCAGGGGCAGGGCCUGACACCAGCUGGGAGUAAGAGGGGAGGCCGCGUAGACACACUAACACUGCCCUUUCUCUUUCUUCCUCACCUUUCCUUUCCAUCUGUUUCUCACUGUUUCUUUUUCUUGUGUUUCUCUCUCUCCCUCCCUCCUCUCUCCUUCUUUCCCCCUCUUCUUGUCUCUCUGGCUCUGUCUGUCUCCCUGUCUUUUCUAACUCUUUCUCAUCCCCUCCAUUUCUGUCUCAAUUUAUGUCCAUUUUCUCUUUGUUCUGUCCUUUCUCACUCUCUCUGCCCCUGUGUGUGUGUUUUCACGCUCUCCUGCCCUCAUACCUCUGUCUAUCUGUGUCUGUGUCUCCCCCAUUAUCCUCAUUUGCAGGUGCAGCCCAGCAGAACAACUGAUGGAGUCCCCUGGGGCCCAUCGAGUACUGGACUGGCUGACCCCAUAAGGUUGGGAGCAGCCCCUGCCCCUCAGUAUGGCCAACACCACUGGAGAGCCCGAGGAGGUGAGCGGUGCACUGUCUCCACCAUCAGCAGCGGCUUACGUGAAGCUGGUGCUUCUGGGACUGAUCAUGUGCGUGAGCCUGGCGGGCAACGCCAUCUUGUCCCUGCUGGUGCUCAAGGACCGUGCCCUGCACAAGGCUCCUUACUACUUUCUGCUGGACCUGUGCCUGGCUGACGGCAUACGCUCUGCCGUCUGCUUCCCCUUUGUGCUGGCUUCUGUGCGCCACGGCUCCUCAUGGACCUUCAGUGCGCUCAGCUGCAAGAUUGUGGCCUUUAUGGCUGUGCUCUUUUGCUUCCAUGCGGCCUUCAUGCUGUUCUGCAUCAGCGUCACACGCUACAUGGCCAUCGCCCACCACCGCUUCUAUGCCAAGCGCAUGACACUCUGGACAUGCGCAGCCGUCAUCUGCAUGGCCUGGACCCUGUCUGUGGCCAUGGCCUUCCCACCUGUCUUUGACGUGGGCACCUACAAGUUCAUCCGUGAGGAGGACCAGUGUAUCUUUGAGCAUCGCUACUUCAAGGCCAAUGACACGCUGGGCUUCAUGCUUAUGUUGGCUGUGCUUAUGGCAGCCACACAUGCUGUCUAUGGCAAGCUGCUCCUCUUCGAGUAUCGUCACCGCAAGAUGAAGCCUGUGCAGAUGGUGCCAGCCAUCAGUCAGAACUGGACAUUCCAUGGCCCUGGGGCCACUGGCCAGGCUGCUGCCAAUUGGAUCGCUGGCUUUGGCCGAGGGCCCAUGCCACCAACCCUACUGGGUAUCCGGCAGAAUGGGCAUGCAGCCAGCCGGCGGCUGCUGGGCAUGGACGAGGUCAAGGGUGAAAAGCAGCUGGGCCGUAUGUUCUACGCGAUCACACUGCUCUUCCUGCUCCUCUGGUCACCCUACAUCGUGGCCUGCUACUGGCGAGUGUUUGUGAAAGCCUGCACCGUGCCCCACCGUUACCUGGCCACUGCUGUUUGGAUGAGCUUCGCCCAGGCUGCCGUCAACCCAAUCGUCUGCUUUCUGCUCAACAAGGACCUCAAGAAGUGCCUGAGGACUCACGCCCCCUGCUGGGGCACAGGAGGUGCCCCAGCUCCUAGAGAACCCUACUGUGUGAUGUGAAGCAGGCUAGUAGGCAGACAGGCAGGGAGAAGGUUGUGGCCACCACGAUGGAGCCAACAGAAGGGAAGAGGUAGGGCUCCACACAGGAGCCUUUCUUUCUGAGCUCCAGCCCCAGACCCUGGAACAACCUGGAAUCUAGGCACCUUUGCCAACACCUCCCCAGGGCUGGGGACUGGGUGGGGACUGGGAAAGAUGCAUUUCUAGUCCUAUGGGGCCUGUCUCCACCUCCUCCUUCUCCACUUCUACAGUCUCUCUCCUCUUUCUCUCUCUCUCUCUCUCUCAGAAGUGACAAUUCAGAAAAAAAAAACAAAACUGAAAAUGCAGGUUUUCCUACUCAUAGCUGAGGAGACAGGCUUUCUUGCUUUAAUGUCUCUCCUCUGACAUUGUCCAGAAGGGGGAAAUAUGUCCUGUAAAAUAGACUUCUAGAGCUCUUAUUGUCCCCUCUGCUCCCAUGCACCCUCUCCUUCCAAGUCCUUUAGCAAGGCCUGAAUGAAAUUGAUCUGCUGAUGAGAGGGACCAAAGUGGGUGCUCGGUCCCCAGGGAGCAAGGUUUAAUUGCUAUGUUGUGUGCAAUGUUGUUUUAGGCUAACCCUGGUCCCAAGGCCAGUCUUUUAUCCAUCCCUACCAUGUCCAGACCUCCCAAGUGUUUCUUGAGCAUCUGUUUGAGAAACAAGGAGGGGAGGGAGAAGGGCCUCUGGGAUGGACCCAGGUUAGGUGAAGAGCAGGAUGUGAGCAAUAUGCCUUGAGCUGAAGAGACCUCAGCUUGGCUGCAUUCUCUCAAGCUGCCUCCAGGAUCCCCAUCCUACAGCUCUUCUUCCUGAGGAUGGAAAUCCACUCCAACCCCACUGAAAUCGAUGGGUGCCAUACAGGCAGGAGCAGCACCCCUCCAGGGGGUGCUGUAGGGAAGCACUCCAGGGAAGUGUAAGGAGAAAGUCAAACUCCCCAGAAUGGCUGAAUCCCAAAGCCUGGGGUCAGAGCAGAGUUGAACCCCAGAAUUGUCUCCUGAGUUCAUGCUACUCUCCUGAAGAUGAAAAUUCUUUGAGGGCCUUGGUAAGUCAUUGUGGUAUAAGCUCCAAGGCACUGUGGACUUGAGUCCAUUCCUCUUUGACCUCUUUUGUCCCUUAAAGCCUCAGGGGCCUCAGGCCCCUCUGUGGUAACCCUUGGCCUUCUGGGCCCUUAGCCCCCACCUUCCUUGCUCUGAACAGCCCUUCGCCCUCUUCUUCCCUCCACCAUCACAUCCACCCCAAGUGGAGCAGAAUGCAGCCAGAUUUCCCAGGUGGGAGAUCCAAAGCCUCCUUCCCAGGGCAGAGCCCACUCUGGGUUCACAUCAAGUCUUAUGGACUGGUGAGCCAAACUGGCAUUCUUUGCCUGGUCUUUCCCAAGUUCUCUGUCCCCCUCUUAUCUCCUGGGAGAGGGGGAGAUCUGUAUUUUUCCACCCCCUUUCUCUCCCCUAUAGAAGCCCUUGUCUUACACUCCCUCCCUACCCUAAGACAGCUCCGGAACUGGGCAAGCCUCGACUUAAGCAAGAGGAAUGGAGAAGGCACUCUAGGCAGGAGAGACAUUAAUGAGCCUGGUUAUGGAGUGGCCCUGGAAAGGCAGGCCAGAGUGGCUGAGAGACUGGUAUACAGGGGGGUACCUGUUCUCUCAGUGAUAGUGAUGGGGGUGCCUUUCCCAGGGAGUGGGGUGGGGGUAGAUAGGGUACAUUCAGGAGGAUUUUCCUCUAUUUCUUUUUUCUAACUGCCUGGAUUCACCACUGGAUUUUGUAAAUGGAAAACUGAAAUGAACAAUGCUAUAUUGAAUGUUUUCUCUUUCUGUCUGUGUGUGUGGGUGGGUGUGUGCCCUAUCUGCAAUGGCCACAUGUAGGGAGGUAUGGUCAAGUGAGACAGUGUGUCUGUGUGACUUUGUUGGGGCACACUCUGGCCUGGGGCACAUAUGUGAGCAAAUGCCUGUAUGUGGAGACUUAUACAGUGCAUGUGAGCACACACAUGCACAUAUGCACCUAAUUGAAAGAAGACAAAACAGUAUGUGCCUGCAGCAGGAAGCAGAGUGGUUGGAGAGAUGGAACUUGAUAUGUAUGGAUGUAGCAAGAGGG